AUGUCGCCGGAGAAGAGGAGCCCUCCCCAGACUCCAAAGAUGCAGGGCCAUGGCUCAGGACAGGAGACCAGGAAAAGUCUUUUCUGGGUGGGCAAUGUCCACUGUUCCUCCUGUGUUGCGUAUGUCAAAGAAGUGCUAUCGGAAAUCCCUACAGUGACCGAUAUCGAUGUUUCAAUCCUGACGCACGAGGUUCGCGUCUCUCAUGGCAUCACCGCACAGCCGGCUGACCUUGCAACGGCUCUGAUUCAUGCCGCUUUUGAGGUCCAUCAUGUCACGACCUGUGACGAUCGGGGAACGGUUGUUGCCGAUCUGGAUACCACUUCGUGGAACCAUCGUGGCUCGGUGAUAUUUUCCACACCUCGCACUUCCUACUCAAGCAUCUCAUCCAAUCUUAAAGAACGGCUGCACACCAGCCGGGAGAAGCGACAUAUCGCCAAUUGCGAUGCCUGCAAGAAGGAGCAAGCUAUAAAGCUAUCCUGCUGUGCUCCCCAGACCGACACCGCAUCUCUACACGAGAGGUCAUCACAAAGUGCAAUUGGGCGUGCCCACGAGGGGGACGAAGAAGAUGAGAAUAUAGCUGGCCUCAAUCCAUUUUCAGAGAAGGCGUUUCUGCACCGCUUAUCGUCGACUGCUACCUCUGAAACCCGGAUAGACAUUGAUGCAACUUCUACAAUUGCUCAUGAAACACCCCAAACACCUCCACAGCAACCACAGCCUGCCGUUAAAUUUGUAGCACAGAUAACCAUUGGCGGUAUGAGCUGUGCAUCCUGUGUGAAUAGUGUGACUGCUGCAAUUCAGGACCUCGAUUUUGUCGAGGAUGUCACAGUCAACCUUCUUACCAACAGGGCAGCCAUAGUAUAUAACGGACCUCGCGAGAACAUCGAUCUCAUUACUGAACAAAUUGAGGAUAUCGGAUUCGAGGCUUUUCUUGAAGAGGUCCAUCCUGUCCUGCAGGCCUCAGCGCCGGGAACAAGCCCCGCACUAUACGAAACUGAAAUUGCCAUAACCGGUAUGACAUGUGGCUCCUGCGUGGGGGCAGUGACCCGAGGGCUAGAAGAGCUAUCUUUCAUCCGCAAUGUCUCUGUCAAUCUACUGUCUCAUAGUGGCAAGGUAGAAUUCCAAGGGCGAGAAAACCUGGAUAAAAUCGUGGAAAAGAUUGAGGACAUGGGAUACGACGCCGAAGUCAACUCGAUUAAUCCAGUUUCCGAAAGCGAAGACCAAGCUAUCCCUGUCCUGGAAAGAACUAUCUCGAUCCGUGUUGAUGGAAUGUUCUGCCAUCACUGCCCCGAAAAAGUCCUUGCUUCCUUGGAAUCACUCCAGGACGUCACUGUCGAAGAGACUAUUUCGGAGAAAAACCCAAUCCUGAGAGUCACAUACAAACCCCAGCCGCCCUUGUUGACCGUCCGCUCGAUUCUCAAGACAAUCUCUGAGGCCAACGAUGCUUUCAGCGCGCACAUUUACCACCCUCCCAGCAUUGAAGAUCGCUCUCGUGCGAUGCAAUUGCAUGAAAGACGCCGUCUACUCAGUCGCCUGCUCUUUGUAUUCGCCGCCGCCAUCCCGACUUUCAUCAUCGGCAUCGUCUUUAUGUCCCUAGUGUCUGCACAGAAUCCGAUUCGACAGUACUUGGAAGAGACUAUCUGGUCCGGCAGUGUGACCCGCACGGAAUGGGCAUUGUUCAUCACGUCGACCCCCGUCAUGUUUUACGGGACUGAUGUGUUCCACACCCGUGCUUUGAAAGAGAUUCAUGCAUUAUGGCGCGUCGGAAGCCGAGUACCACUCUUGCGACGAUUUUAUCGCUUCGGUAGUAUGAAUCUGCUUAUUUCUGCGGGCACCGCGGUUGCCUAUUUCUCCUCAUUGGCUGUUCUUAUUGUUGAUGCGGUGGCCGGAGAUAAGACUAGCGCUCAUAGCACAACUUACUUUGAUUCGGUUGUCUUCUUAACGAUGUUUAUCCUUGCAGGGAGGUUCCUGGAGGCAUAUAGCAAAGCACGAACUGGCGAUGCUGUUUUGUCUCUAGGCAAGCUACGUCCGUCGGAGGCGCUCUUGGUCGAGAGCCAGCCUUCUCCCGAUCUGGAAAGUCCCGACAGCCUCAGAGCAGACCAAACAACCCGAAUCAAUGUGGAUCUUCUGGAGGCUGGCGACACGGUCCGUAUUCCCCACGGUGCAUCUCCUCCGGCUGAUGGUGUUGUGGUUGGGGAAGGCUCGUACCAGUUUGACGAGAGCUCGUUGACAGGAGAGUCACGUCCCGUCAAGAAGGCAGCUGGUGACUCAGUAUUCACCGGCUCGGUCAACGUUGGUCAGCCAGUGCAAAUCAAAAUCACAGAACUCGGCGGAUCCUCUAUGCUCGACCGAAUUAUUGCCGUGGUUCGCGAAGGUCAAAGUAAGCGUGCGCCGCUUGAAAGAGUAGCAGAUCUUCUCACGUCUCACUUCGUCCCUGUCAUCACCUUGAUUGCCGUCUUAACUUUCCUCAUCUGGCUUGCACUUGGUCACUCGGGCGUGCUUCCCAAUGACUAUUUGGACAUUGCGCGUGGUGGCUGGACCUUUUGGAGCUUGGAAUUUGCCAUUGCGGUCUUUGUCGUCGCUUGCCCCUGUGGAUUGGCAUUGGCCGCGCCCACUGCGCUAUUUGUUGGGGGCGGCCUUGCAGCGAAGCAUGGCAUUCUGGUGAAGGGUGGUGGUGAAGCUUUCCAAGAAGCUAGCCGGCUAGAUGCUAUUGUAUUUGAUAAGACAGGAACCCUGACAGAGGGAGGAAGUCUCAAGGUGUCCGACCAUGAGUUUCUCACACAGGACAGUGAUGUGCUAAAAAUUGCAUGGACUUUGGCUCGAAGCCUGGAAGAAAGCAGCAACCAUCCAAUCGCACAAGCUAUCACCGCUUUUUGUGAAUCCCAACCUUCCGUCAAUGUACUUAGCUCUGAUAUUCAUGAAAUCUCCGGCCAAGGGAUGAAGGGAACUUUUAUCGUCUCUGACGAGAAAACGGAAGAAGGCCAACGCUACGAAGCUGCGAUAGGCAAUGAGCGCCUUUUGCAAAGCAUUUCCCCUCCUAACACAGACACCUAUUUCGUCUCCAACCUACUUUCGAACUUUCAAUCCGCCGGCAAAUCGACUGCGGUGCUUUCACUGCGGUGUGUCGAUUCCCAAACUGCCGAACCCUCUGCAUUUAUCCCUACAAUUGUCUUCGCCACGUCAGAUACCAUCCGCCCAGAGGCAGUUGAGGUCAUUUCGCAGCUCAACAAACGUCAUGUUGAAGUUUUCAUGUGUACAGGCGAUAAUCAGACAACGGCACAUGCUGUUGCAGACAUGCUGGCUAUUCCACGUUCCAACGUCAUGGCCAAUGUCCUCCCUGCUGAGAAGGCAAGUUUUGUCCGCCAGAUCCAAGACGGCUCGGCGCGGGCAAUACCCACCACUACUGCCGGAUCUGAGGCUGUCCCCGGUAAGGGGACACCUCGGCCUAUUGUUGCAUUUGUUGGCGACGGCGUGAAUGACUCUCCCGCCCUCGCCGCCGCCGAUGUGAGCAUCGCCAUGGCCUCUGGAUCGGAUGUCGCCAUGAACUCUGCUAGUUUCAUUUUGCUGAACUCGGAUCUCAGCACGAUCCUCCAAUUGGUACUCCUGAGCCGUCGCGUUUUUAAUCGCGUUCGGAUGAACUUCGGGUGGGCGGUGGUCUACAAUAUGUGUCUCGUCCCUGUCGCCGCGGGAGUCUUCUACCCUAUCGUUAGUGGGCACCACCAGAAAGUCACAGGUAGCGAAGUCAUCAUGGUCAAUGACCACUGGAGACUAAGUCCAGUCUGGGCAGCUCUGGCUAUGGCACUGAGCAGCAUUUCCGUUGUUUCGAGUAGUCUGGCUUUACGUGUUGAUAUGAAGAGCGUGAAGAGAUUUUGUGGCUGGAAGAAAUGA